UCUCCAAUUCGGACCAAAGUUCAUUCUCUCAAGCAUUUCCUCAAGGAAAUCCCAUUCCACCGUAGGUCGAGGCUAGUCUAAAUGUAGUUAUCACUGAAUGUUGAGCUUAAUCAGUGGACCUCUACGACAUUAAUGGAGAUGAAUUCCCACUCCCCUCACACAUUUCUGUAAAAUUCGACCCACAUUUAUUCAAAUUCAUUCCGUAGCUGCUCGGAAUUGUUUGACCUCUCACUCUUCUCGUUAAUGGGAAACAACAACUCACAGCUACCGCCGGAGCAAUGUUGAAAAUUUUCCCUCCAAAAAUCAAGCCUUUCUUCAACCAGAAGCCGUCAGCAGCGCUCCUAUCCUCUUCCGCAACGCCGUCUUUAGCCGCAGAAUCAUCACCACCAUCACCAUAUCUCGCAAAUUUGGUCGCUACGAUUCUCAGUUCCUCGACCCCAGAACAGGCGCUGAGGAUCUUCAACUCGGCUUCGCGAAGCAUAAACCCCGCGAAGACUCUGAAACUGCAUUCGGCCAUCGUGCAUUUCCUAACCAGGAAGAGAUUGUACGUGAAGGCAAGGUGUUUGACAGAAGGCCUCAUCGAAACCUUGAGAAAAACUCGAAAACCCCACAAGGUGUGUUGGUCGAUUUUCAACGCGCUGAGUCAGAUUGAGCCUGCGGGAUGCGACGGCAAUGUGUUUGGGGUGUUGAUCAACGCUCUAUGCGAGAAGGGUCUCCCCGAUGAGGGGCAUUGGGUGUACCGGAAGAUGGGGAGAUUGCCGCCGGUGCAGCCCUGCAAUGCGCUUCUCAACGGCAUUUUGAAGACGGGCCGCAUUGAGUUUAUGUGGGAAGUUUUUGAUGACAUGGUUUCCAAUGGUUUAUCGCCUAGUGAGGUCACUUAUGGGAUACUCAUCGAUGCUUGCUGUCAUAGCGGAGAUACAGAGAAAGCAAGAUUGUUAUUUGAAGAGAUGGUUAAAAGGGGAUUGAAACCGACGGUUGUGAUUUACACGACCCUCAUACGGGGCUUAUGCGCGGAGAGUAAGAUGCCGGAAGCUGAGACCAUUUUUAUGAGAAUGGUGGAGUGUGAUGUGGCCCCUAACCUCUACACAUACAAUGUGCUAAUGGAUGGAUAUGCUAAGAUGGUAUGUGUUGAGAAAGUGAGGAAGUUGUACUAUGCAAUGUUGGAUAGUGGACUGUUGCCAAAUGUUGUUACCUAUAGUAUUUUGAUAUAUUUGCUUUGCAAGAUUGGGGAGCUUGUAGCUUUUAGGAGCUAUUUUGUGCAUAUGGUGAAGUUUAAUGUUAUUCCCAAUAUCUAUAUUUAUAAUUGUUUAAUGGAUGGUUUUUGUGAUGCUGGUGACUUAACUGCUGCUAUGGCUAUGCAUGUGGAGAUGGAGAAGUUUGGUAUUUCUCCGGAUGUUGUCACAUAUGGCAUCCUUAUGAAAGGGUAUUCUAGAAUCGGUAGAGUUGAAGAUGCAGAGAUUUUGUUCUGUAAGAUGAAUGAAGCAGGAUUAGCGGUGAACUCAGUGGUGUGUAAUACUCUGAUUGAUGGAUACUGCAAGAAAGGAAACAUGGAGAAGGCUGUGGGGAUUUGUUCACAGAUGAUGGAGAUGGGCUUACAGCCCAAUAUAGUUACUUUCUGCACACUGAUAAACGGCUACUGCAAAGCAGGGAAGCUGGAGGCUGCCAUGGGGCUUUACUAUGAAAUGGCAAUCAAAGGCUACAGGCCUGAUGUGGUUGCUUAUACUUGUUUGAUCGAUGGGCACUUCAAGAAUGGCUAUACCGAUGCAGCUCUUCAGCUGCACAAAGAAAUGAUGGAUGCUGGCAUUGCACCCAACGCUUUCACUCUUAGUUGUGUGGUUGAUGGGCUGUGCAAGGAUGGAAGGAUCAAUAAUGCAACUAAUUUUUUCUUGGAACAAACUAAAGCGUCUCGAGCUGAAGAAGAUGGGCAGUGUUGCCCUUCUAGGGUUACAUAUUCGAUCCUGAUCAGCAGUUUGUGCAGAAAUGGUCGGGCGUUUCAAGCCAGCAAGUUUUUGUUGGACAUGAGGAAGAGUGGAUUGCAACCAGAAGUUGUUGAUUAUGCUGCGGUUGUGGAAGGGCAUUUUCAAGCCAAGCGGGUCUUUCCGGUGAUGAUGCUGCAAGCAGAUAUGCUAAAGAUGGGCAUAUUACCUAAUGAGUUCAUGUAUGACAUAUUGGAAAGAGGUUAUCAGGAGACUGCAUACUUGGCCUCUGCUCGAAAGUGUCGUCUUGAUUUCAGGAUUUGAGGGCCGUUUCUUCGACUCAUUGCAGUUUGAUUCGUAUAAAGAAAGUGUAUACUUAAGAUCAGAAUCGUAUUUAUCAUCAUCACCAAGCUCAGGUUCAAGUGUUUCUCAAGAAACUUGUGAAGUAUUUGAAUUUGUUUUGAGCCUUUGAAAGAAUGUGAUGUAUUUGAGAAGGAAUUUGUUACUUGUUAGAGAAUAUGUGUAUUUGGUUUUUAUCUCAAGAGAAUAAACUGAAGCAAAUAUUUGAAACCUC